AUUUUAAAAAGAUCCGUGAUUGAGAAAAUGGCUAUGACAAAAAAGUAUAGGUAGUGGUCGUUACUGUUAAUAUUUCUCAAUUUAACAAAAUGAAAGAAAAAUCACGAAAAACAUUUGUGAGAUAUUAACGAAACACACUUUCUAUCAGAGGUGUUUUAAAUAAUUGAAAAUAAUACAUGUGUUGGCAUAAGAUACCGACAAUAUCAGACACUACUAAGACACGUCUUUGAUCAGAAGUACGUCGAGUCUACAACUUUCUCCAUUCAUAUUCCAAGGGGUCCCAAGAAAGAAACACUUUCAAACACAUAAAAAACAAAGAUGGGUUGUUGCUUCAAAGGCUCAAAAACUCUUCCACCAAUGGAAAAAACCAUCCCUAUAGCUUCAUCAAAUCUCUCAAAACCAAAAACUCUAUCAAGACAACAACAAGUUCUCAUACAAAUUCCACGAUGUAAAGUUUAUCUAAUGGAUGAAGGAGAAGCACAUGAACUAACUCAAGGACAAUUCAUGAUCAUAAAAAUAUUUGAUGAAAAUGUUUCAUUAGCAACAAUCAUCAAAAUAGGAAAUGAUGUUCAAUUUCCUCUAACAAAAGAUGAACCAGUUGUGAAGGUUGAUGAACUUCACUACCUUUUUUCAUUGCCUGUGAUGAAAGAUGGAAAUGGUGGUGAACCUCUUAGCUAUGGUGUUACUUUUCCACAAGAGUUUUGUGGAAGCAUGAAUUUGGUUGAUAGUUUUCUUAAGGAACACUCUUGUUUUUGUGAUUUGAAAUUGAGCAAGAAGAAGAAUAUGAAGAAGAGUGAUCUUGAUUGGGAAGAGUUUGCUCCUUGUGUUGAAAAUUAUAAUCAUUUUCUUGCUAAGGCUAUUGCUGGUGGGACUGGUCAGAUUGUUAAGGGUAUCUUCAUGUGUAGUAAUGCUUACGCCAACCAGGUCCAAAAAGGAGGGCAAAGUAUCCUAAAUGGUGAUUCAGAUAAGACAAAUGUUGGCAUGGUUAAACAAAGUUUCAACAACAAAACUUCUGCUGCCACAAAGAACAACAGAAUGAAUGAAAAUCUCAUACGUGUGAGAAAGCUUACAAAUAUGACAGAAAAACUAUCAAAAUCUUUACUCAAUGGUGUUGGAAUAGUGAGUGGAUCAUUGAUGGCUCCUGUCCUUAAAUCUCAACCAGGACAGGCAUUCCUUAGGAUGCUUCCAGGAGAGGUUCUCUUGGCUUCCCUUGAUGCAGUCAAUAAGGUUUUUGAAGCAGCAGAAGCUGCUGAAAAACAAACUCUUUCUGCCACUUCCCAAGCUGCAACAAGAAUGGUUUCUAACAGGUUUGGGGAAGAAGCAGGGGAAGCUACAGAGCAUGUAUUUGCAACUGCAGGACAUGCUGCUAAUACUGCUUGGAAUGUUUCUAAGAUAAGAAAGGCCAUUAAUCCAGCAACUUCUGCAGCUACACUCAGAAAUUCUGCCAAAUAUAGUAAUAGUAAAUAUUAAUUAAUAUGCAAUCAUGUUGCUUUCUAUUUAAGGCAUCAAUUAUAAGUACUGUUGUGUUGUUUGUGAGUGAAAAUACAAUAUUUGCAAUACUAAUUAGUAAUAUUGACUAUACUAACAAUUAGAUGUUAAUCAUCUUCAUAAUAAUUACAUAGUAAAAUAUAAUUGAUCA